AUUCAAAAGCCCGUUUUUGAUAUUGUAUGAACUUGUUAGAAUAAUUAUGUCUCUGAUUUAAGAUAUUUCGUUUUUGAAAGCCGCAGACUUAGACAUUUCAGAAUUAAUUUCAAAAUGAUUUCGUGUGAUACAUGUUGAUUCUACGGAAGCGUGAAAGUGUCUUCAGACGCUAAGACGUUUUAUUACAUUACAGGUGUGGAAAGGAUAUGCAGUUCGCAUUUUCUACACCUUUGUUUGUAUUUUGGCAGGUGCAGAUGGAAGGAUCCGAAUUCUGGGAACAGGCUACCUGUUCAAUCUAUCCGUCGAUCCCGAGGAUAGACAAUGAAGAUAAAAAAGAAAAUAUCAAGGUGAUGGACAAAGUCCAAUCAGAUGAAAUACCUAAUGUGAAAUUCCCGCCUGAUGAUAAAUCGACCAUGUUAUAUGGGGACCAUGCUCCAUCUAUGUUCAAAAACAAAGGUCCAGGGUGUAUGACGUUUUUGUCGAGCUUAUAUUCAAUUAUCAGUGAUCCAGAUUUCCUCAAGACACUUGAGCAUUUGAUUAAAGAAGACCAUGCUCCAUCAUUAUUCGACAACAAAGUUCCAGGAUGUACGACGAUUUUGUCGAGGUUAUAUUCAAUUAUCAAUGAUCCAGAUUUCCUCAAGACACUUGAGCAUUUGAUUACAGGUAACCAUGCUCCAUCAUUAUUCGACAACAAAGUUCCAGGAUGUACGACGUUUUUGUCGAGCUUAUAUUCAAUUAUCAAUGAUCCAGAUUUCCUCAAGACACUUGAGCAUUUGAUUACAGGAGACCCUGCUCCACCAUUAUUCGACAACAAAGUUCCAGGAUGUAUGACGUUUAUGUCGAGCUUAUAUUCAAUUAUUAAUGAUCCAGAUUUCCUCAAGACAUUUGAGCAUUUGAUUAAAGGAGACCAUGCUCCAGCUAUAUUCAAAAACAAACUUCCAGGAUGUAUGCCGUUGUCGAGCUUAUGUUCAAUUUUCAUACAUCCAGAUUUCCUCAAGACACUCGAGUAUUUGAUUACAGUUUCAGUACAGGAGUUUUUAUUCCAACUUACGCUACUGGCUAUUCUUCUUGACAAAGCAGCCAAGGUCAAAUAUCUUACCAAACCUGGAAGGAACAGAGGUAUUUGUCUCAAAGUCUUUCUUCUGAGCAACGAGGGAGCACACGCGUAUAAUGGGAACGGAGCAUUCUUCGGAAAACCCAGACGUCAAAAAUACAUUCCGCUAAUGGAACAUGGCGAGCCAGAACCAGGUUUUGAAGUAAACAGAAUUGUCGUAUACAAACCAACCUACAUUUACUGUAACACGUAAGUAUUGUUUGUUCACUUUAACUAAAAAUAGAACUAUUUUUAAGAAACACAUUUUUAUCUUAAUUAAUAAUGCUUUUCUUGAUUAACGUAAUUGUCCAAAAUGGCAUAAGUCUGUCAGGUUGGCGUCAGAAAAGAAAGUCAGUUUGACUCGAGUGGGUUGUCUAAAUGGAUUUCUUUUGUGCAAAAAUAUAUGAGAAACAUAUUGUGAUUACUAUUUUAUCAAAAUCUGAAAAUGACGACUUUUAUUACAGUGACCAUGUAUUCUACAUUACAUUGUCAAAAAUGGGUUUUGAAAGGUUUCACAAGUUUUUUGAAAUUUUUACUAUAAUUAAUCCCCCACCACGAGUGAUGGAGGUUAUAUGAAUGGCCCCCGUCCGUCCGCCCUUCCGUCUUCCGCCCGUCAGUAACAUUUCGUGUCCGCUCUGUAUCGCUAAACCCCUUGAAGGACUUUCAUGAAACUUGAUUCCAAUGAUCACCGCAUCAAGACGAUGCACAGAUCUUAAGAGUCAGCCAUGUCGGCUCAAUGUCAAGGUCACAACUCAAGGUAAAAGUUUUGAGCCUUCCAUUUCUUAUCUGCUCUGUAUCUCGUAAACCCCUGGAAGGAAUUUUAUGAAGCUUGGGUCAAAUGGUCUACUCAUCAAGACAAUGUGCGAAACUUAUACUUCAGCAAUGUCAGCUCAGGUCAAGGUAACAACUCGAGGUCAAAUGUUUGAACCUUCAAUUUUUUGUCCGCUCUGUAUCUCCUAAAUCCCUUGAAGGAUUUUCAUCAAACGUGGGUAAAAUGAUCACCUCAUCAAGCCAAUGUGCAGAACUCAUGAGUCGGCUCAUGUCAAGGUCGCAACUCAAGGUAAAAUGUUUUAGCCUUCCAUUUCGUGUCCGCUCUGUAUCUCUUAAACCCCUUGAAGGAUAAUCAUGAAACUUUGGUCAGCUGAUCACCACAUCUAGACAAUGUGCAGAGCUAAUGAGUCAGCCAUGUCGGCUCUAGAUCAAGGUCACAAAUCAAAGUUUUGAGCCUUCCAAUUUGUGUCUGCUCUGUAUCUCCUAGACCCCUUGAACGAUUUUCCUGAAGGUGAAGUCAAAUGAACAUCUCAUCACGACAUUGUGCAGAACUCAUACGUUAGCUAUGCCGGCUCAAGGUCAGUGUAACAACUCGAGGUCAAAGUUUUGAGCCUUCAAUAUUGUGUCCGCUCUGUAUCUCCUUAAGCCCUUGAAAGAUUUUAAUGAAACUUGGGUCAAAUGGUUCACUCAUCAAGACAAUGUGCAGAACAGAACUUAUGAGUCAGCCAUGGGAACUCAAGGUCAAGGUCAAAACUCAAGGUCAAAGGUCUGAGCCAUUCAUUUCAUGUCUGCUCCAUAUCUCCUAAACCCUUUGAAAGAUUUUGAUAUGACUGUCACAAACUGACAUACGGGCCUCAUUGUAUCUGUAGUGUAAAUGCAGGUAUUGCAUCAUCUUUUUGUAAAUGUUUGAGUUAUUGAGGUAAAUGUCUGAUUUUAUGCAUAAAAUGCCUCUUAUGUUUUUCUGUAUUUCAUAACUUAAAUUUCCAUGUAAAUUUUAUUAAAUUCGGUUCAGUAAUAAGAAAGUUGGUAUUUUAUAAACUUCAUUAAUUCAUGUUUUUAUCCCCAAAAACCACUAUAACGGGCCUUAAAUUGUUCUAUUCAAUCCGCGCCGAAGUAGUCAAAUUUCCCGGCUAUAUCGUGAUUCCCGUGGAAAUACAAAUAGUCAGAGUUCACGCAUAAGCCAUGAAUCCCAUGAAAUUUAGUAUUUGGCGGGACAUUACCCUACAAAUAGACUGGGCUAGAUAUGCCUAGCGCACACCACAUUUCGACAUUAGACGAAUCUAUGUCAAAUUGAUUUUUCUUGGUAGAAAUUUAUGCUCGAUCGAGGUAAGAAGUUUAUUUGUUAGAUUUUUGUAUAAUUUUUGAAUUACGAUUUUUAUUUAGUAAAUUUUUGGUCAUUCUACAGAAUUUUGUAAUAGAUUUACUUUUCGGCAUGUGAUUUUUGGCUAGUUUCGCUAUGUCAGGAUUAUUUUUAAAUUUUACAGACUUUUGUAAAUUAUUUCGAAAGAGGAGUCUAAAAUGUUUCGUUUUUAUAAGCUGUAAGAUUUGUACUGAAAUUUGUGUAAUAUGAUUAUUGUAAAGUACUCUUUUUCAAAAACAUAUGUCAAACCUUUCGUUAAUUAUGGAACGCCGAUAUUAUAUUGCAUUGUAAUGAUAAAUCUAUAUGGCAAGUCUAGUACCAUGUAUGUAAUAUGUUAUUGUAGUUUGAAAAUAUUGUGUGCCAGUCUAUAGCACCUCUAAACAGUGUCCGUUUUGUUGUAUGGCAUUAGAUAUUAUAUUGAUACCAACUAUGGUAUAACGUUUGAUUUGCAUUGAAUUCUGUUAAUUUGUAGUUCUAAAAUGUAGCUGCAGUUUACCAUUUCCGUAUCUAUAAUUUUUCAUCAUAAACUUUUCAUAUCUUUUCCAUACUUUAAUCUUAGACUUUUAAAUACUGUACUUUGGGAUAUUUUCGUCAUGGUUAAUUUUUCGCCUAUUUUCCACCCAUAUGAAGUGGCGAAAAUAUAACGUUCCAAAAUAUACCUUUAUUAUGUCCAAAAUUUGACACCAUGUAAACGUUAACACUACAAUACCUGUCUAUCUACAUUGAUGUAACAUUGACGAUCGAUUGCAAAUACCUGACAUCGGGUAUGAAAGGAUAAUUGCUUUAGUAUUAUCUGUAUUGUUAAAAACACGUAAAACCCGAGAUUUUCUCACUUUAACCAAUUUUUAUUAAAUCUAUUGAAUACGUGUAGUUGUUCUC